AUGGUCUUUGCUACAAUGAAGGGCUUGUCGAUUCUUCCCAUUGUCGCCUUGGUCUGGCUCCCAGUCGAGGCCAUGCCUGAGGACACGUCGUUGAUGGGUGGCUCAGGUGAACUCGCCGCAAACCCAUUGUUUACUCAUCACUAUCUCGUCUGCCAUGUUGAUUACGAAGAUCAAUGCCUCGGCCCCUGCGCGACAUACUGCACUAACUUGGGCAAGCCCAAGAGCAACUGCAACAUCUGCCAGGAAGCCGCCUGCGACUGCUUCCAAGUCUGGGGAAGGGAGUGUUUGAAUCCCGACUUGAUUUGUCUACUGGAAGAAGAAGUGGGAGCCUACCGAGAAGCCAAGGAAUGGCCUGCGGAGAUCGUAGCCGGCAAGCCGGCGGAGAUUGACAAGGUGAAUUUUGGCCUUGACGACUAG